UCUAAUUUCCAUAGACAAUGAAAAUAUCAAGAGUUUAUCUACGUGCUUAUAUCUAUAGAUUUUGCCUGUCAUCAUAACAUGUUUUGACAUAUCGAGUAAACAAAGCACAAGUGUCAUUAAAACUUUUUAAACAAUAUUUCAACACAUUGUCACAAUAGCGAUUAAAUCUACAGCAAUCGGAUUGAAUUAUUCAUUCAUUAUUAUUAUUAUUAUUUAUUAAAAAAAAACCUUACAGUGUUUUAUGCAAUUAUUAGUGCGCGUCAGUCACAUUAUAUUUUCAUGAUUAAAAGCUCUUAGACAAAAUGUGGGAACCUUUUGAACCAGGAAGUUCACCAGUUGAUUGGUGUGAGGGAAAUUAUAAAAUUUCCCCAAGUAUUGCUGAGUUUAUGAAUACAUUCAGCAAUGUCGUAUUUUUGUUACUACCGCCAAUUUUAAUGCAUUUAUUCAAAGAUUACGGAAGAUUUGUCAACCCAGCGAUACAUAUCAUCUGGUUCUUAUUGAUGGUUGUUGGAAUCAGCAGCGCGUAUUUUCAUGCAACAUUGUCUUUAAUAGGACAACUAUUGGAUGAGUUGGCGAUAUUGUGGGUUUACAUGGCAGGACUUUGUAUGUUUUUUCCACGCAGAUAUUUGCCAAAUAUAUUUCGUAAUAACAGAAAAUUAUUCUCGUUGUUUAUAAUAUUACCAACAUUAGUAGCCACUGGUUUAUCAGUAAUCCAUCCCGCAAUAAAUGCAUUUGCCCUGAUGUGUCUGGCUAUUCCUGCAUUUGGUUUUAUGAUUGUUGAACUCAAAAGGACUAAAUCAAUGCGAGUAUACAGAUUAGGUGUACGAUGUGGGGCAGUUUGGAUCCUUGCUGUCGUUUGUUGGCUCAACGAUCGUCUAUUUUGUGACACGUGGAUGAAUUUAAAUUUUCCGUAUCUGCAUGCUCUCUGGCAUUUGUUAAUUUUUAUUGCAAGUUAUACGGCGACUGUACUGUUUGCUUAUUUUUCAGUCAAAGACGAACGUCCUCAGCAAUCUCCCGUACUAAGAUACUGGCCGAGAAAUGAUUUUGAACUCGGAAUUCCCUAUGUUACUAUUAAAUGUUACAUUAGAAUUGACGAUAAUACCAAUAUCUAAAAUAAUAAGUCUAUACUUUUAUUAUUAUUAUGUAUGAAAACAAAUUCUAAACGAUAAUACUUUGUAAUUUUUAAUUAUUACUGUUAGUCUUUUAGUAGGUCUUUAAAAUUUAGUUAUAAUCUGUGAUAAUUCAAAAGUAUUUAAUUUUUUUAAAUUCAGCUCAAAAAUAUUUUUAUUAAAAUUUUAAAACUAAUAAAAUUAGAUUCAUUUUAUUAUUAUUUAAUUAAUUAUUAUUUCGUGGUAAAAAUAAAAACAUCAAGUCUGUUACAU